AUGCUUUGCAAACUUAUUUCCUUCUCUUUUUCCAAGAUGGCGGCGUCUCCAGCACUUUCGAUGUACCGUCUGCCGCCUUACUAUGAGACUACAUCAGUUCCGCUUCCUAAAUGCAUGUAUACUUUACCGUCCUACGUUCAAACAAGUUCAGAGAUGGUGGUGAGUCAUGUUAGUUUAUUUAUCUAUCGACGAUUUUUGUUCUAGGCUGUUUUUCAGUUGUCACGUGUACUGCCAUUCAAUGUGUAUCAAACACGCAGUGACUCUAAUUUCUUUUAAGGAAGCCCGAUCACCGCAAUCACAACCGCUUCUUAACAGCUUAGAAACAAGACAAGAAAAUAUUCUUUGUGAACUGAGUGGGCUUAGAGCUGAAGUUGAAGAAAUGGCCUCUAACCUUGGAGUGUCUCUUCCGCAACCUAGAGUGAAAGUGAGAAAGCACUUACCUUAAUUUUAAUUUUAUCUUUAUAAUAAACAUAUAACAUCAUAUCUGAAUGAGAAUAUCUUUUAAAAAGGUAAAGAGGCCUAAUUUAGGUUGUAAUAGCCAUCAUGUGACUAAGAAACCUAACAAACCAGCUGCAGUCAAUGGUGAAGCAGUCACUCAUUUUACCCCCUCUCUCCAUCAGGGCUACAAUCCCAGACAGAAUUUGUUGAAACACAUCCGGAAACACAAGAUUAACUAAAUCUUUUAAUGAAUACACAUAUUUUUGUCCUCUUUUCCCCGCCAGUGUUGGCAUAAACGUCUUUGAAAAUCAACAUUAGAGGGGAAGGGGAUAAGAAAAUACAAGCAUUUAAACAAUGACUAAGAAGCAGGGCUUCUGAUAUUGUGAAAUUCAGAUAAAUCCACGAAAUUCACAAAACAUGCAAAAUACCACAAAAUUCACCAGAAAUCUUAUCGAAUACACGUCUGUACAAUAAAGCAUUUAAACAAUGACUAAGAAGCAGGGCUUCUGAUAUUGUGAAAUUCAGAUAAAUCCACGAAAUUCACAAAACAUGCAAAAUACCACAAAAUUCACCAGAAAUCUUAUCGAAUACACGUCUGUACAAUAUAUUUGAAACUUAUCCCAGCUACAGGGGCUGUUUACUUGCUGUAAAUGUGCAAAUUUAUCUUGAAACUUUGUUAAUGAAACAAGCAAACAACGUCCUGAAACUACCAGGCAUAGAUUAUUUUGCCAAAAACUGGGCACUAGCCAUGAUCUUACGGUCAAACUGGAAAAACCAUGAACAUUCAUACAUACGUACAACUUUAUUUAAACCCAGUAAAAUCUUUCAGUAAUGUACAAAGUUACAAAUAGAUAUUUUCGUUAAAAAAUAUAUUUGGUGCACUUAACUUACUGUUUUUAAAGAUUGCCGGGUGGGAAACUGAUGAUUGCAUCCAUCAAUUAAUUUCCCUUUUUUAUUGCCCGAUUGAUUUGAUGUUUUUAACAUAUUCUGGUAAAGAAUUCCAUAAUUUGGUCCCACUAUAGCCUAAGCUUCACUUUAGCUACCCUAAUGGCAUUAUUUAUCUCAUUUUGCACGUCCGUAUAGUGUUGCCAAGUCAUUUUUGACAAUUAUUGCUUUUCUCUUUCAAAUUCCAGAAAUAUUUCUGAAAUGUUAUUGUCUUGCAAGAAAAAAACCAAUGAGAUGUGAGAAACUGAACUGCAAGCAAGAAUAUUAAUUAGUUUGUGGUUUUGUGGCUAAUUGGCAUGUCCUAAUCUUUGCCAUAAUUAUUAUAAAAUUAAUGGUCAUAACACAAUAAACAUUCUUGAGAUAUUUCAAGUGUUCACGGUUUUCCCGGCAGCACUGUUAAGGCUUUGCCAUUGGUUCAUUUCUGGAGCGUAUUGUUGUUGAAAGAGCAAAUGAUGACUUCUGUUAAGAAAAUGUUAAAAACACUGGUCUCAUCAGCACAAAACCGAUCGAUUUCUAGCAAAAUUUGAGCUGAAAAUUCCAAAAAAAAUGGCUGUUUUUUUCUGAUUGCUUUUCGAUGAAGUUUGCUUCAAAGAUUCUAAUGAAAUCAGCUGAUUUUUCCUCAAAUUUGCUCCUUUGUGACUUUUUUCCACGACUUAUCAGAAGCCCUGAAGAAUGUAUUUCCCUUUCAUGGGUAUUUAAAGCUACUUAAAGCUACAGGGUAAGAAGAAAAGAAAGGAUUUGAGGUUGCAAUAUUAUUGCAAAUCCAACUCAGAACCUCUCCUACAGAAGGCUGUGCAAUAAACAUUUUCGCUAGUUCUUUCUCCUUUGUUCUUUUAGACAGAUUUCCUAAGAUAUUCUCAUCUGUGGGAUACAAUAAUAUGGAAUACAAUAUCUGCUUCUUUUUUAAGGCAAUUCCAAGUACCCAAGACUUUGUUUUAUCAGCUUCACCAGCAGACCCACCACUUAUCAUCUGCACCUUGCAGCAUAUCAUGAAGCAAAGAAAAAAUCCUCACUCUACAGCCAGCCAUGUUCACUCAUCUGUUCAAGGGCCAAUUCCUGAAUUUGUUAAAACACAUUUUCAGAACUUCACCUCAUCCACUGAAGAAAUUGGCCGAGCAUCAGUAAUUUUAACAAUUGUUUGGAAAAAAGGUUGGUACUUGGAUUUAUUUAUUGGAAGCUCAUGAUUUUUUUAAUUUUAAUUAGGUAUAAUUAGGUGAAAACCAUUGUUGGUUAGCUAUUGUUGUAUGGUGUGGAACCUACCUUGAUAAGUGGCACACAUAAGUGGCUGUUGGACACUCACACGUCUGGAGCCAUGUAGACAGUAACUGGGUGAGAUGAGGGUAUUGUGGGUAACAGUUUUACAGUUAAAGCCAUUAUUGACUUUUGUGUUCAUACAUUUAACCUAGAGUUUCCAAAGGAGCAGGCAGCAGGACUCAGAGUAAAAAACCCUCCAUGGGAGAAGGUCAUUGGGUUUCUCUCUAGGAUUUUGGGAGGGCCAAGGGUGUUCUGACUGUGAUUUUCACAUGAAGCCCUCAAUAGCCUGUGUAAAAAUUAAGGGCAUGUUCAAUUGACUGUGUUCAAGAAUAAGGACACAGACUCAAAAAAUCACUUGUUUUUGGCUUUUGUUUCAUUCUAGAACAUUUGUGAAAACUAAUAAAUUGAAUGACAUAGUACUCCAGAGAACCCAAAAAUCUGUGAUCAAAGAGAUUUGUCACAAAUUUCUGCACAGUCUUUACUCCAGAAUACAAUCAAUUGAAUGCUUCCUAAUAAAAACUUGGUGUCUUUGGUUGUGAUUUCUACACAACUUACCUAUCAUACCCUUUUCAUUCCCAUAAACCACAAAAAGUCCUCCAGCCAUGUGGGAUCAAAACAUGAUUUUUGGUGUUUGGAAUUAAUUGAUUUAGGGAGAUUUGGUGGCUAAAAUAAUUGACUGGACUUCUUCCACCAGAUUUCCAUUACUUAUCUGUCCCUUUUACACAUUAAAAAAAGAACUCAGUUUCCUUUGAGAACCCUUUUGUCAUCUUUUAACUGAGUACCUAAUUCUAGCUUCCUUUGGGUUAAUUCUUUGGUUUUGAAGCCAGCCAGCAACAAUUUUCCAGUAAAUUAAGCCAGGUGGCCUUCCAGCCUUAAACUCCUUGGGAGAACACUGAGUCAUGGAUAAUUAUUUGAAAAGAAACAAUGCAAUGAAGUUGGGGGGUAUAGGGGUUAGUUUGCAAUGUUUGCUUCUGUUUUUGGUUUUGCUGCAUUUGUUCAAUUUAUUUUCACUAAGUUAUAAAAUAUGUGCUAAUGUAUGCUAAAAUCAGCAAAUUUCUGAGCACAGCAAUUUUGUUUCAUUUUUCUGUUUUUCUCAUUUGUAAAUUAUUCAAAAACUUAUGUCAGACUCAUGUCAGGCUGAACAUAUUGUGUGCCUCUGUCCACGUAGCUCAUAUAUCAAAAUCUCACUUGUAAGAUGUUUACUAAAAACCUAUCUGUGCACUUUGCCAUGGUUAUUAAAAAUCUGAAUAUAUAAAUCAUAUAAACCAUAAUCCAUAGUGUUUACAAGAUUAAUGAUAAUUGCAUUUUACACUGUGGAUACACUGUAAAUAAGAUCUUUUCGAAAAAAUAAACAAAAGGAAAAAUGGAGAGAACAGAAUAAAUCUUGCUGUUGAAUUUCUUUAUCUUAAUUUCGUUUGUUUUUCUUUUUAGAAAAAGGUCUGCCCUAUCUCGUUGCAUCACCCUGUUCUCACACUCCUCUGACUGGUGAAAUAACCAUUGCUCGCUUUCUUUGCCGUGUUCUCCUACCAGACUUAUAUGGAAACUUGUCCCCUGAAGAGUCUGCAAGUGUUGAUAGCUGGAUUGACCAAUCAUUAGCAGGUAGUAAAGCCCGAGCUGCUGCUAUAAAAAGUCUUGAGGCUAAGCUUGGAAAGCAACAGUGGAUUUUGGGAAGUAAAAUGAGCCUUGCUGAUGUUGUUCUCGCUUGCUGUACUGUGAAGGAGAACGGUGUUAAAUCUGUGUCCAGCAAUGUCAGCAAGUGGUUGAAAAGAAUUCCUGGCCUAAUCACAUGUUAAUACAGAGAUUUAGUAUCUCAUUUAAGGCAAAUGGUAAUUAAUGUCCAAUUGUGUCACUUACCAAGUUUUACAUUACUUUCCAAUUACUGGGCAUUAUUUCUACACAAAAAUUAGCAGUUCAUACUAGUUUAAUCCUUAAGAUUUUUUCAGGCAGUUUUAAUCAGUUUAUUUACUAAUUUGCAAUUGUCAACUUUGCCAUUUGCCAUAAAUCUGAUUCUAAAUCUGUCCAAUAAUAAUCUGUAUUUAGUUAUUUAAGCGCUGAGUACUGUGCUUGAAUUUCUGAAAUUCAGCAGCCUGCAACAAUGAAUUGCAUCAUUUUCAUUUAAUAUUUUUGCAGUCAGUGACUGUGAUCCCUGUCAAGAUGUGCUGAUGCUUGAGUUCAAUAAUUGUCUUGCCCAGUAAUAAUAUUAUUUCUGAACAGUACAUGCCAACAAUUAUUCAAGAACAUGUUAACUGAUCACUUCGGUUAACUUACCAACCAGUGUAGUAAAUGACAAAAAAAGUUCAGUUUUUCUUCUUAGCUUUACACCAAGUUUGAACCUAUGCACCGUGUAAAAACAACUUAAUACACACAGUCAGUGUAUGCAAGUUGAGACAGAGCAAUUGGACCAUGAGUCAGCCAAAUGGCCCCCCCUACUCACUGUGUCUGCUAUCAGACUAGAACAGUAGUUUGAAUAUAAGCAUUCCAUUUGAAUGCCCACUCAGAACAUUAAUGAAAUUGAACUAUUAUUUUGUAAUGUGCCAUUGUAGACAAGUGUAGUGGUGGUUUUUGGCAGUUAUCAUAACUUAGAUUGUACAAAGCUUUUUUAGCCUGUCAUCUAAACCUGAUAAAGAAUAGACCUCUUUAGUUUGUAUGUUUUGUUCUCCCAAUAAAGGUCCCAGGGAAAUUUUGACCCUUUGUCUUUUCAUGAAUUAUGUGUACGUAUGCACUUGAAUAAGAUGAAAUUUAAAAGAAACAGUUCCUAGAGUAUUAUCACAUGACCUGUAUUGGGAAAACAAAAUAUGCAGUCUAAAGAUUAGAGGUCUGUUGCAUGAUUCUUAUGACCAUAAAAAGUUUACAAUAAAAAUGUAGUAAAGAGCAAUGACAUCACUGAAAAUUUUUUGAGUUGUAAUACGACAAAUUAUUCGAUUUGCACCAAUUCAUAUUGAAUUCCAUACAGUAGGAAACGCAAUAUUCCGUGCACUCUUUUAGGCCGAGUUUGAUCAAAACACUCAGGCUCAGUUUCAAUGAUUUUUUUAAAAAUUACAAAAAAGAUUUGAUUAGAAAUGGUAAUUUUUCACUUUUUAUCAGUUUACAUGGAGGUGGGGGACCACAGGUAGGUGAGGUAACCUGCCAAGGUGGGGUAACCCUAGACUUUCUCAAAAUCUUUCGCUUCUCAUUUCCAGUUCCGGUAGUUGGCCCCAGGGCAAAGAGAGCUCGCUUUUGCCGCAGAAGACAUGAAAAAUCUACCGCUCGCACUUCGCGCUCGCGAAAAGAAUUGAGGUGGACUUGUAGGCAAGUCUAGGGUAACUCGCCUGUCCAUACAAUCUCUCAUUUUAAGGUGGCUCGACUGGAUUUUUUAGCGGGGGAUACCUCCCAAGUUUCAGCAUUAACUACGUCGGCAUGAGUAAAGAUAUGGGAAAAAGGUUACCACAACUGAAUUAUAUAAAGAUGAAAAUUUCUUAUGGUCUGGGUUUUAUUGCAAUUCGGAGUCACCAUGGCAACGUAAGGACGCCAGUACAUUUUUUUAUUUACUUUGUGUUUCUCUGUACUUGGAAUUUUUUUAAGAAAGCGCUUACGGCACAAUGUACCUGCCAUAAUUGCCUCAAUUAUGGCAAAGUUUGAACAAAUUCUAUGAGCGUUUUGGAAAUAUUUUGAAACAAAGUUUUAAGAAUCAUAAAAACAGUGAAAUAGCAUGCUAUCCACACAAUUAGCUAAUAUUUUAAGAAAAUGAUAAGCUUUGGAAACACGGCUUCAUCGCAUAGUGGUUUGACCCCAUUGAAAGCUGCACACAAAAAAAGAGGGGAAUUGCUCCGUUGCGAUCGCGACUUAGAAGAAUUUUAUUAACCUAGAUUCAGCUGCUUUUGUUACAGUUUUUGCACGUAAUUUGGUCCAUGCCUACAAUUUUCGCAUUAUUCAAAAAAAACGCGGGAUAAAUUUUGUUUAUGCGCUUGACAAUCCCGAGAUCAAUUGUCAAUAAAUAUACCCUGUAAGUCUCAAAAACAUUGAAACCAGGGAAAACUUUUAAAUAGGGCCUCAAAUAUAACCAAUUUUUCCCACAGAUUUUGUGUUUACAAGUGAGCGUCCUCAUUAUUCACUGGCACUGUUUUCAAGUUUCAAAUGCACGUGCACAAAUACCAAAAAAAAUAAAUUUGCAUCAAAAAGAACUCUCGAUUACUUGCCGAAGAAAUGUCCGGAAUAUGACCAGGGGACUAAGGGUGAACCAGUAGUUUUACCAAUUUCUUUCUCUUAGCUGUUCCUCUCGUUAAGUCUAGGUAAUUAGAAGUGGUAUGAUCGCUUUUUAAAGAUUUAAAAAAUUCUAGUUUUUGAGAGUGGUGAAGGGUGUUUUGCUAAUAUGUUAUAUAUUCUUGUUUUAUUAAACCAACGAAGUUUUUUACUAUAGCGGUACUGCCUAACAAAUCAGUGUCGAAGUCAGCUGGGUUAAAAUAUUCUGACAUCUCCAUCGAUUGAGAGAGAAAGCUACUCUUACCAUUGCAUUAUAAAUCAAAUGACAUUAAAAAAGUUUGCUUCACGAAGGAUUCUUCAUCUUCAGACUGAAUAUAUAAAGUGAAGUUGAAGAUUUUGUAUUGAAAGUGAUAUUUAAAGGUAAGCGACCAAGUUCAGCUCUUCAAGCAACAUUAGAAGCCUUGUUGUUUACCUCUAAGUAACGUUUGCAAAAUUGGAGGUGUGUCUUCGAUUUGUGAGCUGUCCCAGGUCUUAAAAUCUGGUUUGGCUUACACAACCCUAGCCUACCCGCAGACUACCCUACCCUACCCUUCUGCGGGGCGGCUAACACGCCCCCAGCGAAGUUCAGCAUUUUUCUUGGCACGUUUCUGAAAGACCAUAAUCUUAGUUUUCUUGAGAUUGAUUUUCAUCGUCCACGAAGUACAUUAGGAAGACAACUUAUGAAGGCAAUUUUGUAAUCCUAUUUUGUAUCGUGAUAUUAUGAUUAAAUGACUAAGGGUGGACACGGUGAGAGAGAAUAAAUAAAUAACUAAAUACCGAUUAUAAGCCUCCCCCCCCAUUUGUAGAACCAUCUACCCGUAAACAAAAAAAAUCACCCCCCCCCCUUCCCGAAUAAAAGGCCCCCCUGUAGCUUCUAUUGAAAUGAAUUCAAAUUUUUAUGACGUUUUGAAGCUUAAAAAGCGGACAUUUUUAAAAAGUAUUUUGAUCAGCUCUGCUGUGUUGUAGCUUGUUUUAAAACGCUUUGUUUAGUACGAGGUACAAGGAUGCGAAAAGGUACAGUUUAAACCGCAGAGAAUAGCUGUAGAUUUGAAUGGUCCUGAUAACAGGUCGUUGUUCAGCAGGUAAGCGGGGGACAGCGCUGCACUAUUUUGAUAAUCUUUCGGCCGGAAACCAGCCCAAGACUAACUUAAACACUACCAUAUUAGGAUCAUAUUAGGAUCUCUUAGACUUUGUCUCUACUAAAGGAUUAUUAUUUCGUCGUCAUAUUUUUUCAACAUAUCCCUGGAGCCUUGAUGAUUCAAACAGAUAACUCAUUUGGUUUGGUUUGAUUUGUUUUUCCUUUUUUGUCACGUUACAGGUUGUUUGUAGAAUUGAGAUAAAAUUGAUGAGAAAGCAUGAACCGAAAGCCUGGGUUCUAUAUAUGGACAACAUCAGAGAAGAAAAGACACAACAUCGAAUAUGUAGAUUUCCUUUUAAUGAUUAUUAAAUGAAUCUACGUCUAUUACGUCUUUACAAAUAUUUGUACAUAACAAGUUCUUUCUUUUUUCUUUUUCCCUCUCUCUUUUCAGGAAGUACAAGAAUCAACAUAUAGUACAUGUCACUCGCGGUAAUGAGUGUUGAGUUAGAUACAAGUUUUCAUAAUAGUCUCCAAAAGUAUACAAUUUUCGUUUCCAGAACUUACAUAAAUUUAUGGCAUACGAAUGCUGCAAUUUUUUUUUACUUUCUGUCCUUCUAUACACUGAGCUCCUGGCAACUUACCCUUGGUUACAUGAACCUUGUAAGAUGUUAAUCAGUGCUAACUUGAUUAAAAGAAACAGAGUGGGAUUUUGCAAAGAAUCAUGCGAGGGCUUAUGAAUUUAAAACUUACACUCCAAACAUAUUCAGGCUCAACCGCCUGAUACCCAGGACAGACUUCUUCAUAACGAUGCACUGCUCGCUAAUUUAAUCCUCUAAUGGAACAUUUCUAAAGAGGUAUCCCAUUGAUUCCCCAUUGUGAAUUCUGCGAAUUGCUUCAGCCAAUAGUGAGCUGAUAUCCACAGUCCUGAUCUUACUGCAGCGUGACAUCUUAGAGUCGUGUGACACAGUGUUGGUAACUACAACCUGACAGGAAUAUUCAAAGAAUAUACGUAACUCCUGAGUUCUUCUCAGCUUUUACUCAUGUUGAAGGACGGGUUAUGUACUACGUAGGGAGGUAGCGGGUGCAUAGCCUGCGAUCAGGCUCACUUGUGCGAGUUCGGGGACAUUAUGAAAUUUUUCAAGAAUGGGACGAUAAAAGUCACUUUUUCUCGCCCCACGCUGGAUGGCUUCGAGCGCGUGCGCCAGCAGCUCCGCCGCCAAAAUUUCCCGGACCUUGCAAAAGUAAGCGUUUUCGCAGGUUAGGGGGUGCAUUUUGGCAAGGAUGGGGAUAUAGAGAGCUGGGAUAGGAUCUGUCUGAGUGCAAUAGAUUCGGUAAUUCUCUCAUUAUUUCUGAACAGUACAUGCCAACAAUUAUUCAAGAACAUGUUAACUGAUCACUUCGGUUAACUUACCAACCAGUGUAGUAAAUGACAAAAAAAGUUCAGUUUUUCUUCUUAGCUUUACACCAAGUUUGAGCCUAUGCACCGUGUAAAAACAACUUAAGACACACAGUCAGUGUAUGCAAGUUGGGACAGAGCAGUUGGACCAUGAGUCAGCCAAAUGGCCCCAGGUUAUAAUGCACUUCGCCAUUGUACUGUACUCACUGUGUCUGCUAUCAGACUAGAACAGUAUUUUGAAUAUAAGCAUUCCAUUUGAAUGCCCACUCAGAGCCUUAAUCAAAUUGAACUAAUAUUUUUUUCAUGUGCCAUUGUAGACAAGUGUAGUGGCGGUUUUUGGCAGUUAACAUAACUUAGAUUGUACAAAGCUUUUUUAGCCUGUCAUCUGAACCUGAUAAAGAAUAGACCUCUUUAGCUUGUAUGUUUUGUUCUCCCAAUAGAGGUCCCAGGGAAAUUUUGACCCUUUGUCUUUUCAUGAAUUAUGUGUACGUAUGCACUUGAAUAAG